AGGGUUUCUUUCAAACCCUAAUCGUCUUGCAGGGGUCGGAGAGAAACGAUACAGAAAGAGAGGCGAGAGAUCGUUUGCAGGGAGUAGAGAGAAACGAUACAGAAAGAAAGGAGAGAGAAGAUGAGUGGAAAGGGUGCUUCUGUCCCUAAGGGCAAGAAGAAGACUUCGACAUUCGUCAUCGACUGUGCUAAACCAGUCGAAGACAAGAUUAUGGACAUAGCUUCCUUCGAAAAGUUUUUGCAGGAUCGUAUAAAGGUUGGAGGGAAAACUGGGGUUCUUGGUGAAUCCAUCACUAUUGCUCGCGAAAAGAGCAAGAUAAGCGUCACUGCUGAUACCGCUUUCUCCAAGAGGUACUUGAAGUACCUCACGAAAAAAUACCUCAAAAAGCACAAUGUGAGGGAUUGGCUCCGAGUCAUUGCAUCAAACAAAGACCGUAAUGUCUAUGAGCUUAGGUACUUCAACAUUGCCGAGAAUGAAGCUGAGGAGGAAGACUGAUCCGUUCUCUCUUUUUGUUUCCUCAAUUUCAGUCUAGUUUCUUUUUUUUUAUUUUUUCCAUUCGGUUUUUGAUUUUGGUAGAGAUAUCAAACUAUUUAAUAUGUCCAGAUACUGGUUUAGGUACACUAGCCAAAUUUCAUCCGGGAUAAGAAGUUGGAAUUUAAUCUUUUUUGGUUUGAAAUAUUGGUUAUGCAAAACACUCAAAUAGAUACUGAUGUGCACACUAUUUGAUCAUGCUUUGUGUCCCUCUUCCCUUUAAUGUUUUUCCUUGGUUUGACCAUA